GCGCUUAGGGCAAAGAAGCUGAUGACCGGGUUAGCUUUGCCAUCAAAGCCUAUCCUCCUCCAAAAUUAAUCGCCCGCGGACCGCCUGCUUCUCUUCUUCUCUUCUCUUUAGCCUACCCCCAAUUUCUUAUGCUCCAAUUUCUCUCCACAUUGGUCUUCUGUUCUCUUCUUCCGCUGGAUGCCUGCUCCAAAUCAACUGCCACUGAAAAACUUCUUCUGCUCCCAUGGAAGAUUGUGUUCUUCUUCCAAGUUAGAAUUCUUCGAAAUGGUAAAGAAGGGAUUCCUUCCGGAUGUCAUCACAUAUUACGUUCCCAUUGAUGGGCCGUGCAAAUAUCACAAUUUGGCUACAAGUUGGAUGCAGGGGUACAAAUUUUGGGGAUAUGGUGACAUUUUGAAGCAAGCCUGAUUUUGCCAUUUACAACGUCCUCGUAAAUUCACAUUUCAAAGAUGGCAAUUUGAGAAAAGAGUUGGAAUUGUUCAAGUAUGUCUUGGAUUGUGGGCCAGAUCUUGAUAUCGUGACUUACAACACUGUGAUUUGUGGCUAUUGCUCUAUGAGAAUGUUGGAUGAAGCAGUUCAUCUCUUUGCAGAGUUAAAGAAGAGACAGACCGGUCACAACACAAUCACAUUAACUAUAUUGAUUCAGGUCUUCUGUAAAGGAGGGAAACUGGAUGUGGCUGUGUCAUUUAUUCUCUGAAGUAACAGGAAGAGGUAGAGUCCCCAACGUGGUCACAAAUAGCUAUUUGAUGGAUGGGUACUUCAAGUUGCAUUCAUUCAAAACAGGUUUUGAGCUUCAUAAGGAGAUGCUCAGUAACAACAUUUCCCCAAAUAUCAUAAGCUACACAAUUCUGUUCGACGGUCUCUGUGAAAAGGGGAUGACGAAAGAGGCUUUAUUGGUCUUUUAUUCUGCUUCGAGAUGUGGGUUUUUGCCCGAUGUGAUAACCUAUGAGUUCUGCUCUGUGGGUUUUGCAAGUUUGGGGUUCUGCUUUGAGAUGUGGGUUUAUAAGUUUCCUAUUAUUUGCUUAUAAUGAAAACUCCCCAGCUUACAUGACUUUCAGCUGCAUCAUCCUUUUUUCUAUACUAUCUACUUUGAACAGGAAGACAUCAUAUUUCGAGAUUAAGAAUAUUUGUAGGAGGUUACCAGUAAAGUGGCUUUGCAAAGAGUUUCAAGUUUCACCUCAUUAUGUUUCAUUGGCAGUGUCUGAUUUGUUGGAAAAGAUCUUCUGGAGGAUGUUUGAUUCUGGGUUCUAUGAGCACUGCGGGACAGCAGGCAAAAGUAUAAAAUCAUAGGCACCUUCAUGAGUGUGUACUACAACUCAAAGAAGGGAAAGAAGACGGAGUAGGAAGUGCAAGAGGUUGAACAAGAGAAACCCGAAAUGGAGACCCCUGAUGUUAAUUGAUUAAUAACCCAUGGACUAUUGGAGUUUGGUGUCGCUUCUUUGAUUUGAGGCCUUUUUUUUUUGUUUCGGGAGUUUAUGUAUGUUUGGCAUUGGUUCUCUUUUUUUUUUUAACUUGUGUGUGUGAGUGAGAUGGGUGGCUUUAGAGGUCAGAAUGCCAUAUUGGACUAAUUAAUGUUUAUAAAAUUUGCAACAUUUUUUGUGUGUUCA